AUCAACAAUUACUCAUGUCGUUCUGGCGAAUCUUACCGACGUGGUGUCGUUUCUCAUGCAUUAAGACGGCUUUACGUCAAUUCAAACCACGAAUUUUCUUUUUAUAAAUUACUUCCGGGAUCCAAUUCACCAGUCCAAUGUAGAUCUUGCAGUUGAGUAGGAUUGCGUGCCGUACUUGCACACAGUUCGAACGAGAGAAAAACACAGCAGCCAAUCCGGGACGCUACGGAGUAGACGGUAACUGCCCAAUGAAGUACGUAAGUGUGGUGUUGUUAUUGGCCUGUUUGGUAUGUGUAACACACGGGGGAUGGCGGCCGUGGCUGACGAAGUUGGUACGGAACAAGAUCGCGCAGGACGUGUCAGACAGAGACGUGUGCCACUGGUGCUUCCUGUGUGGGGAGGACUCAAUUCCACAAUACACUAAGUACAGGUUGUCGCGACAUUUAUGCCAAAUGUGCAGAGAGGACUGUGGUCCACCCUGUAACACCACAUGUACACAAGAACUACUGGAUGUGCCGGCCAUGAACGCCUCCAUGACAGCCAUGAUGGGCGACAUGUCUAACCAGACGUCGACCGAGAUGGGGAUGCACGACAUCAUGGACCAUCUACAGGAGCUGGAGUAUCUCGAGCCAACAUGCGGUGCCCGUACCGCACACUGGAGGCUGACGGGGCAGCGGGUGAUGCUGGAGUAUCACGGCGGGGACCAGAGGAUGGCGCUGGGAUUCUCUGAUGAAACUUUGGACGGCCUAAUGGAGGACCCCGACUUUACAGAUGAUUGUCCGGAGUUCAUGUCCAAGAUGGGGCAGUGUGAACUUAUGGAUGAUGUGGUCGACCAGUUUCCCUCCAUGAUGUCGGACAUGAUGUCGGAAAUGGUACCGGACUGUCACGCUAUGGUCAACUCCUUUAACUGUACGGACGACAUGGAGAUGUCACAGUCGGGCGAUACCAUGAUGGAGAUGGGGGACAACUGGGCCAUCAAAACCUACCCCUGCACGCUGGAGUACAGCCCGAUUGUACGGAGGGGCUUUUGGCGGUGGAUCAUCGUUAAUGGCAGACCACUAAGAAUGAAAGUACAGAUCAGGUUUGGUUGAGAAAUUAUUUGUUGAGAGUAUGGAAAUGUAUCUCAAACGACUCUCUGUGGUCCAUGAACGCUUUGUCUAGGACGACUCCUUGACAUAGACACAUUAUAUCGAAAAACAUGUCUGUUCCUCUACUUCUACUACAUUGUAUGAAUAAAAAGGGGGAGGUUGAAUUUGUCUAAAGUUAACGUUAGUUACGUUGUAUUUACCUUGCUUUGAACGAUUUAUUGUGACAUGUACUGCCAGCUAUAGAUAGUAGUGAUUGUUCUUUCGUAAUCCACUAUGCAACUUCUCUAUGAAAAAAAAUCUUUCAACAUACAUAUGCAUAAGUCUCAAUGAAACAGCAGAGCACUUUUGAUGGCAAACAAUCUGCUUUAUUGUCACACCAAAAGUUUAAAUGGUGCAGUAUAAGACAGAACUGCCACCUAGCGGUCGAGAACAUUCUUACAACCAAAACGUUCAAUCGUCAUCUUUUCUAAUGUAACAAUAUGGUUGUGUAUCUUUUGUGAGAGGGAUAUUAGAUGUACCAAGUAUACAACAGACUGAUGUGGUGGCACAAGUAAUUAUUACAAUUAUCAAAUAUCUUCACAUUCCCUUAUGUUUGUACAAAUUCAUGAAAUAGCACCAUUGAAAACCAAUGGCAUCAGUGAGAUCCUGUAUGCUUCUCCCAGUUGCCUAAUCCUGCGAACAAUAGACAAGUGGUAGCCAAACAGAGACUUCAGUGUGCUGGAGGAUAUAGACAAAGCUACAAAAUGUUCUAAUGUGUCUUCUUUACAACAUGAAUGUGUAGAAACAUGAAACAAUGGUCUAUUUAGAAAUCUUGACACACACAUUAAUCAAAGGACUUUUAACAUCGAUGCAACUCACACAUGCAAACCAGAAACACAUGCGACAAACCUUGUUAGAUAGUGGAUGCUAUCUGAAACGUAUGACCAUUUCCAAAAUCAUAUCCAGUUUCUUGAGUAAUUGCGUUUUGGCAUAUCUUAUUACCUGGAUGUCUAACCUUCAUUGACAAAACAAACCUUAACUUGUGAUUGAGACAACAGUUGUGACAUAUCAAAUCUCACAGCAGAAAAGAAAGAUAGACUGGGCACUAUCUACAUGUGAAAUCCUUGUUAAUACAUAGCUGCAUUAUUAAGCUGGUGGUCUGGAGUGGUUGAAUGAAUAAAUACUUAUCCUUAACCUUUCUCAGAAAUACUGCUUCUCACAUUAUAAUACAUGUACUAGCACUAGUAAUUCGUUGGAUACAGGGUCCUAGCAUAUGUACGUACUGAUGGAAAUUUCUUUCCAACCUCUGUUCCAAGUACAUGUACAAUAAACAUAAUCUGUUCUUGAUAGUAA